AUGGGUCCACCAGUGAAUGCUGCUACACCAUCCACCGCUUCUUCUGCAGGUGAAGACAUGCUGACCAAUGACCAGCGCUUCCUCUUGACCGUCAUUUUUGGAUUAUACUUUGGGCCUCAUCUCCAAGGGGAAAGGCCACCCCACAAGUCAGCAUUGCAGAGAGUACUCGAGAGACUGCCACGGUACACUCAAGAUCGGCUGGCUGGGUCCAAGUUGAUGGUGGCCCAAAUGAUUCACGUAUAUUAUUAUAUACUGAGGAAGGCCAGUCAAUCUGUCAUAGUGGCCCCACCUUUGCUGCUCAAGUUCUUCCGCGACGCGCUUCCACCCAGAAUGCUUGGUCCAGGAUUCAACUACCCUCUGUUCAUCGACUUAUUUCCAACCGACCUGCACCCUUGUUCACGUGUCGAAGAGCGAUUUAUGGAGUUCGUUCUGGAGAAGGAUGCUGCCAAGCUACCUAUUUAUGUCACCGAUGAGGUGUUUUAUCAAGUGAUAGCACGAGAGGAGCGUUCAGAGGGACAACCACAUUUUUCUGUGCCCCAUUGUGGUUCUCAUGGAAGACAAUGCAACAUCAGCAUGGCGUUUUCUCCGCUCGAUACGACAGGUGCCACUGCCGCCUGGAGUGCUGGAGCUGGAGUUGUUUGGAAUGCGGAAGUGGAGCUUGCAGGAUCCAUCACAGGGCGUGUGACCCUUGCAGAGUCUGAAGAUAGUUACCUGUUUAACGUAUCACUUCCAGGAAUCAGAAUAGAUCAAAGCUUUAGCUGUGAAUUCGACAUGGAUGGCGAGGUCUUGAUCGAAGGAGAGAUUGCAACCGGUGGGAACACGGUUGAAAGCAGAACAGGAAACCCUUGUCAACCUGGACACUUUCUCUCCGUUUUCAGCUGCCUGGUCGUAUCUAUCUCAGAGGCGCCAACUGCAACUUUCGCUCAGAUGGGACUUUCGAAGGAAGGGCGAAGAAACAGAUCGAAAAUUGAUGACUUGCAGGCAGCUUGGUUUUUGUUUUGA